GCAGCUCAAAUGUGGUGUUCGCUCUGCCAAUCGCUGGAGGACAGAGUGGGAACAGGAAUAAGCAGAGUUAGGAGGCCAGGACAAAGAAGUUAAAGAGAGCCUAAUAUAUACAUGUUUUUGAAGGUGGGCAGAGGGAAAAAAGUCCCCCCAGUGAGGGUCUAUGGGUCUGAUUGUGCGGUUCUGAUGGAGCCCCCCUUGAGCAAGAGGAACCCGCCAGCGCUGAGAUUAGCGGAUUUGGCAACGGCUCAGGCCAGGCCGCUUCAGAAUAUGACAGGCUUCCCGGCGCUGGCCAGCCCGCCCGCCCACUCCCACCUCCGCGCCACAGCCACGCACCUCCGCCCUCGGGACCUGAGCGCUGACCCCGGCGUGGUCAUCACUCCGCUCGGACCCGAGCACAUGGCUCAGGCGAGCGCGCUCGGCCUCAGCCCUCCCUCCCAGGCGCUCCCGGCACAGCCCGAGGCGCCGGCGGCCGCCGCCCGCGCCGCACUCUCGGUCGCGCACCCGGGCGCCGGCACCUACCCGGGUGGCGGGGGCAGCAGCCGCGCGCAACCCUCCGCGCCCCCGCCCCCAGCCCCUCCUCUUCCUCCCUCCCCUUCACCCCCUCCUCCUCCCCCUCCCCCUCCUCCUGCCCUCUCGGGCUACACCACCACCGACAGUGGCGGCGGCGGCAGCAGCGGCAAAGGCCACAGCAGGGACUUCGUCCUCCGGAGGGACCUUUCCGCCACGGCCCCCGCGGCGGCCAUGCACGGGGUCCCGCUUGGAGGGGAGCAGCGGUCUGGCACCGGCUCCCCCCAGCACUCGGCCCCGCCUCCCCACUCGGCCGGCAUGUUCAUCUCCGCCAGCGGCACCUACGCGGGCCCGGACGGCAGCGGCGGCGGGGGCCCGGCGCUCUUUCCUGCGCUGCACGACGCUCCGGGAGCCCCCGGCGGCCACACGCACCCGCUCAACGGCCAGAUGCGUCUGGGGCUGGCGGCGGCCGCAGCAGCCGCCGCGGCGGAGCUGUACGGCCGCACCGAGCCGCCCUUCGCGCCGCGCUCCGGGGACGCGCACUACGGGGCGGUGGCGGCGGCUGCGGCCGCCGCCCUGCACGGCUACGGAGCGGUGAACUUAAACCUGAACCUGGCAGCAGCGGCAGCGGCCGCGGCGGCCGGGCCCGGACCCCACCUGCAGCACCACGCGCCGCCCCCGCCGCCGCCGCCGCCGCCGCCUCCGGCGCCGGCGCCCGCGCAGCACCCGCACCAGCACCACCCCCACCUCCCAGGGGCAGCCGGGGCCUUCCUGCGCUACAUGCGGCAGCCAAUCAAGCAGGAGCUCAUCUGCAAGUGGAUCGACCCCGACGAGUUGGCCGGGCCGCCGCCGCCGCCACCACCGCCCCCGGCCGGCGGCGCCAAGCCCUGCUCCAAAACUUUCGGCACCAUGCACGAGCUGGUGAACCACGUCACGGUGGAGCACGUGGGCGGCCCCGAGCAAAGCAACCACGUCUGCUUCUGGGAGGAAUGUCCGCGCGAGGGCAAGCCCUUCAAGGCCAAAUACAAGCUCAUCAACCACAUCCGCGUACACACGGGCGAGAAGCCCUUUCCCUGCCCGUUCCCGGGCUGCGGCAAGGUCUUCGCGCGCUCCGAGAACCUCAAGAUCCACAAGCGCACUCAUACAGGGGAAAAGCCUUUCAAAUGUGAAUUUGAUGGCUGUGACAGGAAGUUUGCCAACAGCAGCGAUCGCAAGAAACAUUCUCACGUCCACACCAGCGACAAGCCCUACUACUGCAAGAUCCGGGGCUGUGACAAGUCCUACACUCACCCCAGCUCUCUGAGGAAACACAUGAAGAUUCACUGCAAGUCCCCCCCGCCUUCUCCAGGAGCCCUUGGUUACUCCUCAGUGGGGACUCCAGUGGGUGCCCCCUUGUCCCCUGUGCUGGACACAACCCGGAGUCGCUCUAGCACUCUGUCCCCUCAGGUGACCAACCUCAAUGAGUGGUACGUUUGCCAGGCCAGCGGAGCCCCCAGCCACCUUCAUACACCUUCCAGCAAUGGAAGCACCUCGGAGUCUGAAGACGAGGAGAUGUAUGGGAACUCUGAGGCUGCGCGGACCAUACGUUAGAAUUUACUCGUGAUAAUAAUAAUAAGUCAUAAGUGGGAGUCCUUGGACCGUAUCCUAACCUGAGACAAUGCCGAGCCUGAGACAAACCCUUGACUCAGACUUGCCACCGGGUCUAAUUAGCCCUAUUUAUUUCGUUUGAAACCCUAUGGUGUUUGUACAUUUAAUUAAUUUAAUUAAGAUAUUUGGGCUUUUUCUUUCUUCUUCUUAGAAAACAAACAAAUAAAAAAAA